AUGAAAUUCCUCAUUGUUUUGUGCGCUGUAUUCGCAGUUGCCUUGUGCAGACCCGGUCAAAGCCAUGGAGGCGGCGGCGGCGGCGGCGGAGGACAAGUCUUCCAAGUUCAAGUUUCCGGCGGCGGCGGCGGCGGAGGUCAUGCUGCUCCUCCAGCUCCUCCUCCACAAGUUAUUCAUGUCAUCCAAGAACAAGCUCCUCCUCCUCCACCUCCAUCAGGCGGCGGCGGCGGUCAAGUCUUCCAAGUUCAAGUUCAACAAGCUCCUCCUCCACCCCCACCUCCAUCACAUGGCGGCGGCGGUCAAGUUUUCCAAGUUCAAGUUCAAGGAGGCGGCGGCGGCGGCGGCGGUGGCUGGUAA